AUGCGCGACAGCGUUAUUCUGGGCGGCAAUUCCCACCCCGAGCUUUUGCAACGGAUCUGCCGUGAUCUCGACGUCCAGCCGGCUGAGAUCCAUAGCUCUCUGUUUGCCAAUGGCGAAACCAAUGUAAGCAUUGCCGAGUCCGUGCGGGAAAAGACCGUUUACGUCGUCCAAUCUGCUUGCGGAGAAGUAAACGAUGCCUUUAUGGAGCUGUUGAUCAUGAUUUCAGCAUGCAAAGCCGCUUCCGCCAAAUCUGUGGUUGCUGUUAUGCCUCUUUUUCCCUACAGCCGUCAGCUCAAUCUCAGAGAUGUUUUGAACGUGUCUUCCAAAGAGGCUAGCAAGAUUGCCCAGCAACAGCAGCCCUUUGAGACUCCCCUAGCAAAGAAGCCACCGCCUAGACUCGGAGAUCUGGCUCAGCCUCCUAUUACACCAGUUCGCACAAACAUUGGUAUGAGCAUUUCGCCUGUGCGGCCGUGUUUCAAUCGGCAGCUAUCGGUAGUCGCUCCGCCCAAAGAAGAGAACGUCGAACCUCAAUAUAACCCUGGUUUCAAAUGCUGGAUGGCCAACCCCGGUGAGCUUAUGGCCAGGCUCUUGACCACUGCUGGAGCUGACCGGAUUAUCACAAUGGACUUGCACGACCCUCAGUACCAGGGUUUCUUUGAUAUUCCGGUCGAUAACUUGUAUGGCCGGCCACUGCUUGAACAAUAUAUCGCCACCAAGAUCCCUGACUGGCGGCAUGCUGUGAUCGUAUCUCCAGAUGCCGGUGGUGCCAAGCGGGCCACUUCAAUCGCCGACCAUCUGGGAAUGGACUUUGCUUUGAUCCACAAGGAUGGUCGUAAUAAUGCCACACUACUGGUUGGCGACGUCGCUGGUAAGGUUGUUAUUCUUUUAGAUGAUCUGGUUGAUUCAGGAAAGACCAUGACUCGAGCAGCUAAGGUUGUAAAGGACCAUGGUGCUACAAUGGUCUAUGGCAUUUGUACACACGGUGUCUUUUCAGGUGACGCUCUGCAUAGAUUGAAAAAGUCUAUCAAUUGCUUUGUUACGACAAACUCAGUACCUCAGCACGAAAACCAAGCAGAGUUCGGCGAAUGGAUCCAGGUCGUCGACGUCGCGCACGUUCUUGCCGAGGCCAUUCGUCGCAUCCAUAACGGCGAGUCGAUUUCUAUGCUUUUUGAUCAUGCAGUUGGUGUCGUUUGA